AGCUCAAAGGGCGAAACCAUGUCGUCCCCGAGAGCACAUCCGCUUAGCGAAAUUCGAGGGCCGUGAGCUGGUCACAUGGCCGCAGAUGGGCCCUCAGAUGAGGUGAAGCGAAAGGAGCCUUUGGCCAAGCUGCAGGCGGCGGAAGACUCCGUCUUCAGCACCCGCUGGGAGAUCUUCACGCCCUACCUGGCGGAGUAUUGGGGGACUCUUGUCAUCACUGCGACAUUCCUCUGCAAUGUUGACGCCCGAAGCACUGACGCCUCCUUCAAGUCCAUAUGCCAUGCCUUCAUGGUGGUGGGUGUGGUCUCAGCCACCAAGCACAUGACCGGGGCCAGCCUCAACCCGUCCGUGAGCUUGGCGCUGGCUCUGGCUGGGCGCCAGCGCUUGUCCACGGCGGGGCUUCUGUGCGUGGCCGGGUACCCGGCACCCGGCACUGCUGGGUUUCGCUUGCCCAGGUGCUUGGAGCUAUCACUGCGGCAGCGCUUUGUAUCCAGGCCGGCGUUGCGAAGGAGCUGACUCUGGGGCCGCAGGGCCACCACAAUUGGUUUCAGGUUGGAUUGCUGGAAACCAUCUAUGCGUGCAUGAUGUGUCUCGUAUACCUGAACUGUGCGGCUUCAAAGAAGAACAACCCCAAAGAGGACCAGAAUGGCUUCGUUGGCAUUGCUGUCGGCUUUUGUUACCUUGCCAGCCAGAACGCUACGCAGGGCAUUUGCAGCACUGUGAGCAACUCCGCGAUCGCCAUAGGCCUGAUCGCGUACGGCAAAGGUGGCGGCACGCACAUCAGCCACGGCGUGGGCUACUUUUUGUAUGACCUGUUGGGCGCCUUUCUGGCGGCUGGGGCCUACCGAGUUGUGAGGCCGCAGGAGUUCCGCAGCUUGAUCAUGUCCUCAGCCAUCCAGGAGAAUAUCCAGGAGAGCGCCCUGCUGGGUGCGGAGUACAUCGGCACUUUUUACAUCGUCCUCACGCAGGUAUUGACCAUGCUCUCCAGCACCGGCGGUGACAUCGGGCCUCAGGCUUGGGGCACGGCGGCCGUGGUGGUGGCCAUGGUCUAUGCCUUGCGAGACGUCUCUGGGGCCCACUUCAAUCCUGCCGUCACCAUGGCGGUGCGUGCUAGCGGCAGGGCCCCGGCAGAGGAUUUGCCCUUUGACUCAACCAAUCUACGCUUUGGAGUCUUCUAUGCGCUAUCUCAGGUACUUGCUGCCGUGUCAGCUGCUCUGAUCAUAGGACUCGUUUACUCCUCGAUCAGCACACCGACGACAAAGCUCGAGGCAACAGCCGGUCAGAUCAUGUUUGCCGAGUGCUUUGGUGUCUUCUUCCUUUGCUACGUGGUGCUAGCCAGUAGUGUUACCUCCCCUGUAGACGGCUCAAGGUCCUCGCAGAACAACCUGGCUGGGCUCGCAUACGGAUCUGUGGUGUUAUCCUCAACCCUGACAGUGGGCAACAUCUCUGGCGCGCUGCUGAACCCAGUCACAGCAGUAACUGUCAUCAUGGUCGGCGCUUCUGGCAGAAACUCUUUGAUAGUAUACACCAUCUAUCAUGUCAGUGCCGGCGUGCUUGCGGCUGCUGCCUUCCUUGUGACCCACGCGCAGCUUUACGUGAAGGAUGCCCGAGACGCUGAUGAUGAGCGCUUGGCGGGCAUUUGAGCGGACAAAAACUUGGCUCACCCAUAGGCAGAGAGUCAUCCACAUUUGGC